AUGGUUGCUGCCCGUUUAAUAAAUAAUAAAAAGAAGCCUUUAAAUUUAAUUGCUUUAGGGAAAACGGGUGAAGGAUUUGAAGCAUUUAAACAAAAGCAAUCUACAAAGUCUCAAACAAAAGAUAUCGAAACAUAUACCGGCUUUUGGUCACCACUUCAUCCUUAUAUGCAAGAUAGAAAAGAAUUUGGUUGUCAAAUCCAUGUUAUAGAUACUCCAGGAUUUGGUGAUUCACAAAAGAGAGAUGUUGAAUUUUUUAAUAUUAUUCAUCAAACUAUAGUCAAUACUGCUAUUCAUAAAGGAGGAAUACAUUGUUUCUUAAUGGUCUUCAAGAUCACUACAAAUGCAGAUACAAUAUGCAAAUGCAUUGAAAUACUUUAUGAAUUGAUUCCUUCUCAUGAUCAAGAGUUUUGGAAGAAUAUACUUUUUGUCUUUACCCAUGUUGAUUUUGUUAAUGGGAGUGCAAUUCGUUAUGAUAAACAUAAAAUGGCACUAAAGAACUUAUUUCUUGAGUUGAAAGUAAAAUAUGAUAUACAACAUGAAGUACCCAUGAUUUGGAUGAGUACACGAAAAUAUGUUUGUCAAUUUAUGAAAGGAAUGGGUGAAUGUGAUUGUGAAAGAGGAAAUCGUUAUCAUGCAGAUUGUAGAAGACGUUUAUUUGAACAAGUUUGGAAAAGAAGAAAUUCACCUUUUAUCUUGAUAAAAGAACAGGAUGAUGAUAAUAAUAAAGCAUGA